AUGAACAGUGAUGAAGAGGAAUAUGCCAGGCAAUUAGAACUACAAAGGAAAGCCUUUGAAAGCCAGUUCGGAUCUCUAGAGUCCAUGGGAUUCGAAGAUAAAACAAAAAAUAUACAGGCUGAAAAAGAUACAAGCUCCGGUUCAGACGGUGAAAAGGACAGUUCAGACGAUGCUGGUGACCUUGAAAACACUAAUGGGAACGGCCACUUCUCUUCUGAAGAGGAGGCGGAGGAUGAUGUAAGCGAUGAGGAUGACGAACAGAAACCCAAGCUGAAAACGCAACCCAAAGUUAUCAAGUUCAGUGGGCCCAGCGAUGUUUACGUUCCUCCAAGUAAAAAAACACAGCAACUACUGAGAAGCGGUAAGACAUUAUCGCAAAUAAAUAAAAAGUUGGAGAGCACUGAAGCUAAGGAGGAAAAAGAGGAUGAGACUGUGGAAGCAGAAAAUUUGCAAAAUGACCUGGAGUUGCAGCAAUUUCUAAGAGAGUCACACUUGCUGAGUGCCUUCAGCAAUGGUGGAAGUAACUCUGCGGAUAGUGGAGUAGCAUUGACUCUGCAAAGUAUGGGCGGUGGUAACGAUGACGGUAUAGCUUAUCAAGAUGACCAAGUGAUUGGGAAAGCUAGAUCGCGUACAUUGGAAAUGAGACUAAGCAGACUGUCGAAGGUGAAUGGACACGAGGAGAAAAUCAACAAACUAGAAAAAGUGCCCAUGCAUAUUAGAAAGGGAAUGGUCAGCAAACACGUCCAAAGGAUUAAAAAAUACGAACAAGAAGCUGCAGAAGGUGGGAUUGUCUUGUCAAAGGUGAAAAAGGGCCAAUUUAGAAAAAUCGAAUCGACAUACAAGAAAGACAUCGAAAGGCGUAUUGGUGGAAGCAUCAAGGCCAGAGACAAAGAAAGAGCCACCAGAAGAGAGCGUGGUCUAAAAAUCACCAGUGUAGGCAGGUCCACGAGGAACGGGUUGAUUGUAUCCAAAAAAGACAUUGAUCGCAUCAGCGGAAACAACAAGGGCGGUAAAUUCAACGGUAAAAAGAAUUCCCGUCGCUAA